AUGGCUUCUGCAAGUAGAUUUGGGAGUGUAUCGGGUCGUAAUACCAGGGCAGUAGCCAAAUCUUGGAAAAAUGCAACUGGAGUUAGAGAUGAUCCAGCAUGGGCACACGAUUAUGAAGUUCUAGGAGAGAGGCUGAAGAUUAAAUGUAAAUAUUGUGACAAGAUAGUUUCUGGAGGUCCCUAUAGGUUGAAGCAUCACUUGGGAUGUACCAAGAUUAACGUGACACCUUGUCCAGUUGUUCCUAAUGAUGUUAAGAAUAAUAUGUGCACUAUUUCUAUGCGUUUAGAGGAUCUUUCAGCAAAGAAAAAACAAGCUAGUAGUUGUGGUUUAGAAGGUGAUGAUGUUGUAGAUGUUGAUAAUGAUGAUGAAGAUGAAGGGGUUGAUACAAAGGGAAAGGGAAAUGAAACAAUUAAAAUUUCUAGUUUCUUUAAUAAGAGAAGUUUGGACAUUCAAAGUAAGCAAAAACAACUAACAAUUAAUCAGAUGAUGAAGAAAGAUUUGAGAGAGGAUGUUUGCAUGCAAAUUGCUCGUUUUUUCUAUACAAGUGCAAUACCAUUUAAUUGUGUCAAGAAUCCUGAGUUUGAGAAGAUGUGUCAUUUGAUUGGGAAGUAUGGUAUUGGAUUGAAACCGCCGUCUUAUCAUGAGAUUAGUAAUAAAUAUUUGAGAAAAGAGGUUGAUAAUACUAUGUCAUUGCUUGAGGAGCAUAAAGUUAUGUGGAGAAAGUCGAUGAGUUCUAUAAUGUUAGAUGGUUGGACUGAUAAGAAGAAGAGAUCCAUAUGCAAUUUCCUAGUGAAUAGCCCUAAGGGAACAAUUUUUUUGACUUCCAAUGACACAUCAGACAUCUCCAAGACUGCAGUGAAAGUAUUUGAGAUGAUAGAUGAUAUAGUGGAGCAAGUUGGGGAAGAGAACGUAGUUCAAAUUGUCACGGAUAAUGCUGUCAAUUACAAUGCGGCAUGUGAGAUGUUAAUGGAGAAACGAAAUAAGUUAUUUUGGACUUCUUGUGUAGCUCAUUGCAUAGAUCUUAUGUUAAAAGAUUUGGAGAAGAAGAUUAAGGUACAUGAGCUGAUGAUAAUGAAGGGUAGGAAGAUUACAACUUUCAUUUACUCGAGAACACUCCUCAUCACGAUGCUGAAGUAUUUCACCAAGGGCAAAGAUUUGAUUAAACCGGCUAUGACUCGCUUUGCCACUGCUUAUUUGACUUUGGGAUGCCUUUUCGACAAUAGAAAUGCUCUAAGGACUAUGUUUGCAUCCAAGCAAUGGAAAGUGAGUCGAUUUGCGAAGUUAGAAGGUGGAAAGUAUGCAGAACGUGUUAUUAUGGAUAACAAAGUUUGGAGUAAUGUUAAUACAUAUUUGAAGGCUACAUAUCCUCUCAUUAAGGUCCUUCGCAUGGUGGAUUCGGAUGAAAAGCCUGCGAUGGGCUUUAUUUAUAGUGAGAUGGAGAAAGCUAAGCAGAAGAUCAAAACAAACUUCAAGGAUGAUCGGAAGAGUUAUGAUCCUAUUUGGAAGUUGAAAGAUAAGAAGAUCAGGAAGCAAGUUGAUCUUCAAGUGGAGGACAUUUCUUCCGAUGAUGAAUGGAUUGUCGAAAAUGAGACAGAGAAUAUCGCAACUUUAAGCCAUAAUUUUAACUUGCGUUCUCUUGGUCGUGGGGAUGAUGGUGAUGAAGAAAGUGGAGGUAUUCAAAUUGGCGCUGAACAUGCAAAAAAUAUGCGCACACAAGAGCAUGGCACAAUUGAUGACUUGGAGCUUUAUGAAGAAGAUGAGUUUGAUAUUUUGUAUGAUGAUGAUGAAUAUUUGGAUGAGAUUUGA